AUGAACAAAAUAGAAAUAGUCGUGGAUUUAGUAGAAGAAUCUUCAGCUGUUGAAACAAUUGCAUUAGAUGAUGAACCAGAUAUUACUAGUGAUUUAAUUUCCAAAGAAAAUAAAUUAUUUAAUGAAAUUGUUAAUAAGUGCUAUGACAUAAAGGAUUCAAAAGGAAUGAAGAGAAUUCUAAAUAAAAUGGUUAUACCUGCUUAUAGACAACUUGAUGAAAAUUACAAGAAAUCACAACGCUUUGAAGCAGUUUUAUAUAAAAUUCUAAAACUCAUUGAAACAGACCCAUUUCGUAAAUUCACUCAUAUUAGGGAAUUGUAUGAAACAUUAAAGCUGCAUAAAGUGAGAAAAAAAGUUAAUUUUGUUACAUUAGCAACCAAUAUUACAGAAAAAAACCAUUAUAAUGGUCAUAAAAGAAAGACUGAUUAUAAUAUGUGUAACUUAAGAAAAAAUCCUAAAAUAGAUGUAAUUGACUUGGAUGAUGAAAGCACCACUGUAAUAAACUUAGAUAAAUAUGAGUUUGAUGUAGUAGUAAUUGAUGAUGAAAGAAAUAAUUUAGAUGAAGAAAAAGAAAAUAAAGAUUUGGAUACCUGCAAUACAAGUUUAGAUAAGACUAAAAUUACAAAAGCAUUACAAGCUAGAUGUAAAGUUAUGUCUAAUGGGAAUUUAAAUGAAAAAGAGGUAACUAAUGGUGUACAGCACAAUGAUUUAAUGGCAGAAGAUGUUGAUAGUGAAGUUAACGAAUUUUUAGUACCAAAGGCGGUUGAAAUAAUUGAAAAUGAAUGUGAACCCACAGACAGUGAAAAGGUGCUUCAAAUUGAAAAACAAAUAGCAAUAUAUAAGGAGAAGAUUGCAACGUUAGAGGAACAAGAGGUUGAUGAUGAUACAAUGGCAUCACCAUAUAUAGUGAGUGAAAAAUACAAAGCAAAUAUAGUGGCAUUGUAUAAAGAACUGUGUGAGCUUACUGGAACCGAAUCAGUUAAGCGUCGUGAAGUAAGACUUAAAGUAAACGAUGGGCAUCCUUCUGGCCCAGUACGAAGACUUGAAAGGUUUUUGAAUAAUAAUAUUGGAAGCGAUGGCGAUCCACCAUUUCCCGAUUUUUGUGAUGUCGUUAGUUGCGUUGUGAAAUCCAACCAGGAAGAUGGACUUGGUUGGACCAGAGCACAGAUAAUGAAGGAAGCUACGUCAUUGUUCACUCAAUGCGGUCGUGAGCUGCAAAAACGAAGACAAAAGAGGGAGUGGCGACAUUUAAUGGGUAGAGUGAAACUCGAAGAGUGUAAUAUUGACCCCGCGGAAGAAAAUCCUGAACUAGAAGCACGCUUGCAAGAAAAUAGACGAAUAGCAAUGAAAAACGAAUCCCACAUUCUUGAAACUUUUUCGAUGAUGCAGUACUUGCCUGCAGUGCAAAGUAAUGAAUAUGUUGAAGAGCCAAAUGAAAUUUUGGAUAGAAACAAUAGUAGCGAUACUGACACUACCUUCGACAGUGAAAAUGAAUCGAUAGAUUUAAAUGAUAAUACAACGGUUGAAAGUAACUUAAAAGCACCAGAAGAAGAUAAUUCAAAAACAACAAUAGACGGUUAUUUUGAGACUCCAACAAAUUCAACAGAAUCCAAUAAUUUAAAUAAUAAUGAAGUUAUAAUAAAGAAGGAACCCACUGAGAAUGUAGCACAGUUGCUAGAAGGAUUAGGCGAUAAUUAUACAGCUACUAUACAGGAUAUCGAAGACCCCUUCCUUAUAAUCGAAAUUUCAUCCGACAGCAGUUCGGGUGAGGAGUAA